AUGCCGAGUCCCAACGUGAUUGUGCUGUACGUAUUGCACUUGCACCAGCUGACAUACAGAGAUAAUGGCACAGGGUACACCAAGAUGGGCUUUGCAGGGAAUGCCGAGCCGAGCUUUGUGUUCCCCACGGCAAUUGCAACGCCCGUCUCUGGCAGCAGCGGCGGUGCACGGCCUGCUGUACCAUCAAAGCCCGGAGGCUUAUCGAAUUCCUCGCUUGCGUCGAAGCGCGGGAUUGAGGAUUUGGACUUUCAUAUCGGUUACGAAGCAUACGCCAACGCAAAAACCUACCAAGUGCACCAGCCCAUCCGCCAUGGGAUUGUCGAGGACUGGGAUCUCAUGGAGCGUUUUUGGGAGCAGUGCAUUUUCAAGUACUUGCGUGCAGAGCCUGAAGAAAAUUACUUUAUGCUGACCGAGCCGCCGCUGAACCCACCGGAAAACAGGGAAGCAACUGCGGAGAUCAUGUUUGAGUCGUUUAACAUCAAAGGCCUUUACAUUGCCGUCCAGGCUGUUUUGGCACUUGCAGCGAGCUGGACAAGCAACAAGGUGAGCGAUCGCACAUUGACCGGCACGGUGAUUGAUAGCGGCGAUGGCGUCACGCACGUUAUUCCUGUCGCAGAAGGCUACGUGAUCGGAAGUGCCAUCAAGCACAUUCCUUUGGCCGGCCGAGAUAUCACCUACUUUGUGCAGCAAUUGCUGCGUGAGCGGGGCGAGUCUGCCAACAUUCCCGCUGAGGAUAGCCGCUUGGUCGCGGAGCGGAUCAAGGAAGAUUACAGUUAUGUGUGCCAGGACAUUGUCCGCGAGUUCCGUCGCUUUGACGAGGAUCCGUACAAGUACUUUGCACGCUACGACGGCGAGCAUUCCGUCACUGGCCGAAAGUACUCGGUCGACAUCGGCUACGAGCGCUUCCUCGCCCCAGAGGUCUUCUUUAACCCCGAGAUCGUCAGCUCCGAUUUCCUCACGCCGUUGCCUGAAGUGGUCGAUAAUGUGAUCCAGCAAAGUCCUAUUGAUGUCCGCCGUGGUUUGUAUAAAAAUAUUGUGCUUUCGGGCGGGUCGACCAUGUUCCAGCACUUUGGCCAGCGCCUGAAAAAAGACCUGAACACCAUCGUGGGCGAGCGCCUCGCGGCGUCCGAGGCAGCUAGCGGUAACUUGGCCCGCAGCUCGGGCGUCGACGUGAAUGUGAUAUCGCACAAGCAGCAACGGUACGCAGUUUGGUACGGCGGCUCCCUCCUGGGUUCGCUCCCCGACUUUUACUCUUUCUGCUACGACAAGCGCGACUAUGAAGAGCAUGGACCGAGUAUCGUGCGCAAGUUUAGUGUGUUUGGUGGCGUGUAG